CCCAGGAAGAGACACAACACACCUAUCUGCAUAAGUUUAAAAAUGACAAUCUAUCUGGCGUUUUAAGGUUAUGUGACGUGUAACGGUCGUGCGUAUGUCGCUGUGUUGAGAGUAAUAAUGCUGGAUGGUCGGAGUUAUGAAGUUCAGUUUGGAUUUCUGCCGGUUUCUGGGGCUCAGCGGCUCCAGUGAUAAGCGGCCCGAGGACAUGGAGACAGGUGAAGCUGAACAGAACGAAGACUCGCAGGAUGUCUUAACAGGUGAAGAGGGUCUCAGUGAGGAAGAUAAGGCCAGAAGGAAAGCGGAGAGGCGUAAAGCCAAGAGGAAGCGCCAGCGACAGAGAAAGAAACUAGAAGGGGUUAAGAAGGAUGAAUGUACGGAACAGGGGGAGGAGCUUGUCAGAGCUGAUUCUGAGCUCGAAGAGUCUGAAGAUUCUGAGCCAGAGGAAGUGGAAGAGUUCAACCUUUCGAAAGUGGAAGCGAAGCCUGUUGCUCCUCCGAGCAAAACCCCAGCUGGACCUCCACUGGCCUCGGGGAACAGAAGCAAUCGGCAGCUGCCGACCCGCUCCAUUGAGGAGGACCCAGAGUGGGAUGUCAACAGUGCUUUUGUUGCUAAUGCAGUCAGUCACAUUCGACCCAAAGCCAAAAGUAAAGGAGCUCACAAGUCGAAAGAGAACAAAGAGAACGAGAGCAGAAGUGGGGAGGUUAUUUGCUUAUCCGAUGCUGUAACUAAAAAAAGUUCCUUACUAGUAGAAAAAGGGAUCAGACUCGUUCAGGAGGGCCAGUACGAACAAGCUGUCAGUUUGUUUACAGAGGCCAUCAAAUGUGACCCAAAAGAUUACAGGUUUUUUGGAAAUCGCUCCUACCCUUACUGUUGUUUGGAGCAGUACCCACUGGCGCUAGCGGAUGCUGAGAAGUCCAUCCAGAUGGCUCCUGAUUGGCCCAAAGGCUAUUACCGUAGAGGAAGUGCACUUAUGGGGCUUAAGAGGUACAGUGAAGCCGAGAAAGCCAUGGAACAGGUGCUGAAGCUGGACGCAGAUUGCGAAGAAGCCGUCAAUGACCUCUUAUACUGUAAAGUGCAACAACUUGUGGUUCUUGGUUAUGAUGAGGAACAAAGUAUCCAAUUGCUGGAAAAAUACAACACUGUGCAGGCUGUUAUUACAGCCAAGGCAUCAAAUCAAGACUGUGCCCUUCUCCAGGCAGGUCCUUGCAACUCCCUGUGGGUUGGAAACGUGACCACAGAACUGACAGAGAAGCAUCUGCGGGACCUUUUCAAAACUUAUGGAGAAAUCGACAGCAUUCGAAUUCUGCACGAACGCUUCUGUGCAUUUGUUAACUACAAGAACGCUAACAUGGCCUCCCGUGCGAUGGAGAAACUCCACGGGGUUCUUAUUGAGAACACUCGACUGGUGGUCCGAUAUCCAGACAGACGGAUUCAGAGAACCCUUCCAACACCUGCCAUUCAACAACCUGCAGGGACUGCUGGUCCUAGGCGAAGAAGUCCUAUCAACGUCGAUGAGUGUUACUUUUGGAGGACCACCGGCUGUCAUUUUGAGGAUAGGUGUCGCUAUAAGCACAUUCCUGAACAUCGAGGGAAAGACUGGCAGCCUUGAGUCAACACUAGCCUCUCUUUCCCUCCCUCCUUCACAACAUGACUGAUGGGGUUGAACCAUCGCUUUGAUUAUCUGUAGGUCAGGUACAGUGUGGACCAGUGUUGUGGAUAAGAGUCUUAUGAAAGUUCUCACGGUUCAGAGUUUUUGAUGUCACUUCACUGUCAGACUCUGAACCUCACUGGGGUUUAAAAGCAGAGCAGAUGGGCUUCUGGGAAAGCAGCAUCUCUUAUGAGGUGAGGUUUGUGUGGUGCGGAGGGCCAGGGCAUCAUCGCCUGAGGUUUGUGUGACCUUUUAAUAUCAUAUGUUCUGUUCUUUCUUCCUGUGCCAAGUUGCCAACACCACCAAGCCAAAGAAGAGACACGGAUCUGGUCUGACUUUUUUUAUCCUGAUUUGAAAGACUUAUUCUGCGUGAGAGUUUAAAUGAGGAUUGGAGUCAUACCAAAGAAUAAUAAUUUGCCACCUGUGGAUUUCAUUUUGGAAGAGAAAAGGGUAACAAAUUUCAGUCAGGGAACAUAGUAGUUUAGAUUUUAUUGAAACUUUGAUUGAAUCUAAAUCCCACCACACACACUCACAUUCAUUCUGCAUGUUUGUGGUAAUUUCUAAUUGAAUUAAAAAAAUUUUUAAUUAUUUUUUUUAUAAUUAAAGUGCCCCAGCUGUUCUGGACACGUCAGUAUUGCAAACGGUUUUGUUCCAACCUUAUACAGAACUUAAAUCUGUCUUGUUAAAUUAUUUUGGGUUUUCAUAGUUUUGCACUUUAAUACAUCAGCCGAUGAACACUGCUAUACAAAACAACUACAGGUCUUGUUCUUCAACAAAGAAACACAUCUUGUAGCACAAGUUUGGUCUUUAAAGUCAGAUUCACGUUGCUGCUGGUUGAUGUUCUACAUCUUCCAUGCUAUUUCUCCUAUAACUUUUUAAGGAUGCACAUUUUGUACAGUUAUGGUAUUUCUGGCCGUUUGGAUAUUACUUUUUAUGAACAUAGACUAGUGUUAUCCAUUCGUGUGAUCGCAAGCGCAUAGAAGUUGUCAUGCGGUUUUACGUUAUGCAAGAGUGCCAGAGAAAACGUCUGCCGUCUUUGCUUAGCUCAGCUUUUCAUCGUUUUCUUUUAUGUUUCACAUGUUUUUUCUUCAGUGGAUGAGAUAUAAGUUAGUUAAGACGCUUCAUGACUGUUUUGUUCAAAUCUUUGUUCCGAUUCUUAUUGUUCUGACAUAUUUGGCAAACGUUGAUCUUCCUGUUGUGAUUUUUUUUUGACACACUUAAGCAAAGAAACACUAAUGUUUACUUGAUGUACUACGGGCAAACACAUCUGCUAUUUUUAAACAUUUUUACACACUAUUUACACUACUCGUAAUGCGUUUCUUUUUGCAGUAGAUAUUUUCUUGCUUUUUAGAUAUGACUGCAUUGGUUUUUAUAUGCAUUAUCACACUAAUGCAUGUAGUUGCAUUGCUCCUCAUUUAUAAAACAAUUAUUUAACAGUCCGGAGUGCCUUGAAAAGCAUUAGUUUGAACUUUUUCUAUCAGAUUUUAUUAAUAUAAAAGCAGAGAUAUCCUUUGAACAGAGUUCUGCAAAUUGUGGGGGGAGAUGAAUAAGUCAUGAAAAGAGUUUGUGUUGGGAAUAAAGCACAAGGCUGUGAUCAUUAUAUAUUUUUUCAUGUUUAAGGAAAAACCAGUAUUUUUAAGGCUAACAACACCGACGUUAGUUUACUCUUGAGCUGCAGAAAGAGCACUUUUCUUUCAGCGUGCAUUACAUUUAUUUGAGGAAAGUAGGACCUUGUGUCAUUUUGCUUUUAAAAUCAAAUCAGAGCUCAGCUCUUCCUUUGUUAGCAGAUAAUGAAAUGAGUUUCAUAUUCUCUGCUUUCCCUGUUUUUAUUUUUUCUGUGGCUUGUCCCAUUUUAUGUCAUUUUGUUCUUAUUCUCUUUGAAUUUUGCAAUGUUGAUUGGUGCAAAGUUUUGUUCUGUGUUCUCUUUUAAAUUUUAUUUAGCACUGCAUUGGAGAAAAGCUCAAUAUAAUAACAAUAAUAAAUGUUUUAAAUUCA